AUGCUGGGGCAGGUGGUGUUUGUUCCCAUAGGCUCAGAGACCCUUGGCUCGUGGGAAAAGAGUGCAUCCAAGUUCCUCAAGGAGUUAGGCAAAAAACUCAACAGGACGCCAGGUUGUUCGCCCAGACGCCAGGUUGUUCGCCCAGACGCCAGGUUGUUCGCCCAGACGCCAGGUUGUUCGCGCAGACGCGAGAUUGUUCUCCCAGACGCCAGGUUGUUCGCCCAGACGCCAGGCUGUUCGCGCAGACGCCAGAUUGUUCGCCCAGACGCCAGGUUGUUCGCCCAGACGCCGGGUUGUUCGCGCAGACGCCAGGUUGUUCGCGCAGACAUCAGGUUGUUCGCGCAGACGCCAGGUACACCAGCACUGGAGGUGGUGGGCACCAGGGCUCCCUACUGCCAGGCAGGUCAGCCUGACCAUGUUACCUCUGACCUCUCCACUGGUCCACCCAGGAACACGGUGGCAUCCCCGGAGAGGAAGUCAGCUCCUGCAGGUGAAACUGCUGGGUCAGGAGGCCACGGGACAGGUGGUGGAGGGUCAGGAGGUCACGGGACAGGUGGUGGAGGGUCAGGAGGUCACGGGACAGGUGGUGGAGGGUCAGGAGGUCACGGGACAGGUGGUGGGGGGUUAGAGAGCAAGAAGCAGGACCCACCAAACAAGAUAUCUCUGACACUCAGCAAACGUGACCUCCUCCACCAGAUGGUCAACCAGACCAAACAACACCGACAACAGAUCAGGAGCUUGGAGAAUGAACUCGAGCGCCUGCGCUCCGGGGACAUGUUAAACAAGUGUGAAGUGGGUGUGUCGGAGGUGGAAUGGCGGCCUGGGGAUGUAGUGGGUGAGGGCUCCUUCUCCACUGUCUACAGAGGCUCCUACUGUGGCACUGAAGUAGCCGUCAAGGAACUCAAGUUUAAGCUCUCACAGGAUGACAAGAACUACUUCAGGUCAGAGGCAGCGCUCCUGCAGCAGCUGCACCACCCUCGAGUCGUUCUCUUGAUGGGGGUGUGCACCGGGGCAGCUCGUCCCUUCAUGCUCCUUGAAUACCUCUCUGGCGGUACACUCUACAAUCUUAUCCACAACACCACGUGAGUAUUCAGGCCACUUAAUCUUAUCCACACCACCAAUAAAACUAUAGUUAUAACACAAGCUGUAUCCUUUUUGCAACAGGUGCUGCACCUGGACCUGAAGUCAAUGAACGUCCUUCUGGACUCCUACUACAGGGCCAAGAUCGCUGAUUUUGGCUUCUCCAUUCUGAGACGAUCACGUACAGGCUCUCCAGCUCAGCGUGGCUCUAUCAGAGGAACACCUGCAUGGAUGGCUCCGGAACUCCUCACGAAGGGAGAUGUGUCAGCCAAGUGUGAUGUGUACAGCUAUGCCAUCAUCCUGUGGGAGAUGCUCACUGCCAGCCACCCCUUCAAGGGUCUUGACAUCUUCCAGAUCAUGGAGACCAUUGAGGCUGGAGGUCGGCCACCACUGCCUUCUAGCGGUGUGUCACGGGAACUAAAGGAGCUUAUCACAUCAUGCUGGGCCCAAAAUCCCUCCUUGCGACCCAGCUUUGAAGAGAUCCUGGGUGCCCUAGAGUCGGCAGCAGUGCCAGCAUCAUGGCGUGGUGUACUGCAGAAGGCCAAUGUCACCCCGUCCCUCCUCUCUGAUGUGGCUGCUGCUAGGACAAUCAUCGGGGUGGUGGAGCAGAGUGUGGAGCUGAUGCGUCGUUCGCUACAACUUCAGCGUGCAAAGAAGAGAAACCAAGAAAAUGAAGAGGCCAAGGGAGAGCCUCAGCCGCAUGUGUACGAGAGUGUGGACACAGAGCGUGUGGUGGCUGCCAGCCCCACCCGCCACAAACUCAGGGACAACAAAGAUGGGAAGUCGUCCAGGUUUUCUCGGGAUCAGUCAUCACAGGCCCGGCGACCCUCAUCAAGCAAGCAGUCACGCCUUCGGGAGAUGACACCGGUGCGACAAUCAGGUCGUAGCCAAGAGCGGGUCUCUCCAAGGGAAUCUGUACUAAGAGAGGACAGCCGUCGACGCUCUCCAGACAAGAGGUCGUGUCCACCGCGUAGCAACUCCACUAGACCGGGAGAUGCUAGGGAAAGCAGUGUUGACCAUCACGUAGGGAGGAAGGGGCGGAACAGAGAGAGAGGCAGGGAGCAUCUGGUUAAUAGUCGCAUUGAGAGUAAAGACCGUUGUAGAGUCAGCAGGCAUAGUUCAGAAAAUAAGAAAGAUAAAGGAAGGGGAAGGGUUGCAAGAGGCAAAAAAGAUCACAGCACAGACAGGAAGGCACAGAGAGAAAGGCUGAGGGAUAACAGAGACCGUAGUGCUGGUCACUGCGAGUGGAAUGAUGAAUGUGGUUAUGACCGAGAACGACAUGCUCUUAGACAGGCUGCAGAACGAAGGAAUGGCAUUAAAGAAAAAUAUUCACGUGAUAGGCGGUCCAAUAGUCUGGAGAGCCGUAGAGAAUAUGUAAAUCAGCGGUCUAAAAGCAGAGAUCAACAUUCUAGUAGUAAUGAACGACGUUUAAGCAGCAGCGAUAGACAUUCGGAAUUUCGUCGAGAAAUUAGCAGGCGCAAGUUUUACAGCAGAGAGCGGCAGUCAAAAGUUAAAAAAAUGGGGGGCAAGAACAGACGUGGUGGGAGUCCCGAGCGACUGGUAGACAGCAGGGACAGUCUUGGUGAGAGUCCUGAAGAAUCCUGGACUAGUGCUGAAGGAACCAGCUCUACAGGCUCCAACAAUAUCCUGGAUGACACAGAGGAUCAUUCCUUAGUGAGAAAUCAGAGAAGAUAUUCCUCAAGCCCUAGACGGCGUUCACCAGAGAGACGGUAUUCUUCAGCAGUUCGGAACUCAGAUAAUCGCCGAUCAUCAGAACGCCACCACAACUCAGAUUAUCACCACAGCCCAGAAAGGCGGCGAUCUCCUCGCAGCCCUCAGAGGCGCUCGAGGAUUUUCACUCCUGAAACUCGACGAACAGAGUCUGGAUCACGGCUCGGGCCCCUAGUGACGUCAGAACAGCUGAUGAGUCAGAAAAAGCGGUUGCGUCCUGUGCGGCCAACUGCUCUCUCCGACCUGAUGCAUAUGCCUGAAAACUCUCUCAAUGAUAUCUCCAUCAUCCUUAAGACAGCCAUUACUAAACGUCGUGAUGCCUUUGAUGAAGGACUCAGUGGUCGUGACACUUUUCGCUCGGAUGAAAUGGACUGGUCAGAUUGGCACUGAGGAACGGGGAGAAUAAAUGCUCAAUCUAAAAAAAAUUUUUUAUAUAAUACACAUAUUUUGAAUGUCCUAGGUAGUAGGUUGGUAGACAGUAACUGCCCAGGGAGGUACUACCAUCCUGCCAAGUGAGUGUAAAACAAAAGCCUGUAAUUGUUUUACAUGAUGGUAGGAUUGCUGGUGUCUUUUUUCUGUCUCAGAAACAUGCAAGAUUUCAGGUACAUCGUGUUACUUCUACUUACACUUCACAUGCAUGUACAAACAUAUAUAUACACACCCCUCUGGUUUUCUUCUAUUUUCUUACUAGUAAUUGUGUUGCACAAUUGUCCUCAAAGAUUUAAGUCUUUUUUUUUUCAACAAGUCGGUCGUCUCCCACCGAGGCAGGGUGACCCAAAAAAGAAAGAAAAUCCCCAAAAAGAAAAUACUUUCAUCAUCAUUCAACACUUUCACCACACUCACACAUUAUCACUGCUUUUGCAGAGGUGCUCAGAAUACAACAGUUUAGAAGCAUAUACGUAUAGAGAUACACAACAUAUCCCUCCAAACUGCCAAUAUCCCAAACCCAUCCUUUAAAGUGCAGGCAUUGUACUUCCCAUUUCCAGGACUCAAGUCCGACUAUAUGAAAAUAACCGGUUUCCCUGAAUCCCUUCACUAAAUAUUACCCUGCUCACACUCCAACAGAUCGUCAGGUCCCAAGUAUCAUUUGUCUCCAUUCACUCCUAUCUAACACGCUCAUGCACGCUUGCUGGAAGUCCAAGCCCCUCGCCGACAAAACCUCCUUUACCCCCUCUUUCCAACCCUUUCGAGGACGACCCCUACCCCUCUUUCCUUCCCCUAUAGAUUUAUAUGCUUUCCAUGUCAUUCUACUUUGAUCCAUUCUCUCUAAAUGACCAAACCACCUCAACAACCCCUCUUCUGCCCUCUGACUAAUGCUUUUAUUAACUCCACACCUUCUCCUAAUUUCCACACUCCGAAUUUUCUGCAUAAUAUUUACACCACACAUUGCCCUUAGACAGGACAUCUCCACUGCCUCCAACCGUCUCCUCGCUGCUGCAUUUACCACCCAAGCUUCACAUCCAUAGUUGGUACUACUAUACUUUCAUACAUUCCCUUCUUUGUCUCCAUAGAUAACGUUUUUUGACUCCACAUAUACCUCAACGCACCACUCACCUUUUUUCCCUCAUCAAUUCUAUGAUUAACCUCAUCCUUCAUAAAUCCAUCUGCCGACACGUCAACUCCCAAGUAUCUGAAAACAUUCACUUCUUCCAUACUACUCCUCCCCAAUUUGAUAUCCAAUUUUUUUUUAUCUAAAUCAUUUGAUACCCUCAUCACCUUACUCUUUUCUAUGUUCACUUUCAACUUUCUACCUUUACACACAUUCUCAAACUCAUCCACUAACCUUUGCAAUUUUUCUUUACAAUCUCCCAUAAGCACAGUAUCAUCAGCAAAAAGUAACUGUGUCAAUUCCCAUUUUGAAUUUGAUUCCCCAUAAUUUAAUCCCACCCCUCUCCCGAACACCCUAGCAUUUACUUCUUUUACAACCCCAUCUAUAAAUAUAUUAAACAACCAUGGUGACAUUACACAUCCCUGUCUAAGACCUACUUUUACCGGGAAGUAGUCUCCCUCUCUUCUACACACCCUAACCUGAGCCUCACUAUCCUCAUAAAAACUCUUUACAGCAUUUAGUAACUUACCACCUAUUCCAUAUACUUGCAACAUCUGCCACAUUGCUCCUCUAUCCACUCUAUCAUAUGCCUUUUCUAAAUCCAUAAAUGCAAUAAAAACUUCCCUACCUUUAUCUAAGUACUGUUCACAUAUAUGCUUCAAUGUAAACACUUGAUCUACACAUCCCCUACCCACUCUGAAGCCUCCUUGCUCGUCCGCAAUUCUACAUUCUGUUUUACCUCUAAUUCUUUCAAUUAUAACCCUACCGUAUACUUUUCCUGGUAUACUCAGUAAACUUAUUCCUCUAUAAUUUUUACAAUCUCUUUUGUCCCCUUUCCCUUUAUAUAAAGGGACUAUACAUGCUCUCCGCCAAUCCCUAGGUACCUUCCCCUCUUUCAUACAUUUAUUAAACAAAAGUACCAACCACUCCAACACUAUAUCCCCCCCUGCUUUUAACAUUUCUGUCAUGAUCCCAUCAGUUCCAGCUGCUUUACCCCCUUUCAUUCUAUGUAAUGCCUCAAGUACCUCCACCACACUUACAUUCUGCUCUUCUUCACUCCUAAAAGAUGGUAUACCUCCCUGGCCAGUGCAUGAAAUUACCGCCUCCCUUUCUUCCUUAACAUUUAAAAGUUCCUCAAAAUAUUCUCGCCUUCUACCUAAUACCUCCCUCUCCCCAUCUACUAACUCCCCUACUCUGUUUUUAACUGACAAAUCCAUACUUUCCCUAGGCUUUCUUAACUUGUUUAACUCACUCCAAAAUUUUUUCUUUUCAUUAAAAUUUCUUGACAGUGCCUCUCCCACUCUUUCAUCUGCUCUCCUUUUGCACUCUCUCACCACUCUCUUCACCUUUCUUUUACUCUCCAUAUACUCUGCUCUUCUUAUAACACUUCUGCUUUGUAAAAACCUCUCGUAAGCUACCUUUUUCUCUUUUAUCACACCCUUUACUUCAUCAAUCCACCAAUCACUCCUCUUUCCUCCUGCCCCCACCCUCCUAUAACCACAAACUUCUGCCCCACAUUCUAAUACUGCAUUUUUAAAACUAUUCCAACCCUCUUCAACCCCCCCCACUACUCAUCUUUGCACUAGCCCACCUUUCUGCCAAUAGUCGCUUAUAUCUCGCCCGAACUUCCUCCUCCCUUAGUUUAUACACUUUCACCUCCCUCUUACUUGUUGUUGCCACCUUCCUCUUUUCCCAUCUACCUCUUACUCUAACUGUAGCUACAACUAAAUAAUGAUCCGAUAUAUCAGUUGCCCCUCUAUAAACAUGUACAUCCUGGAGCCUACCCAUCAACCUUUUAUCCACCAAUACAUAAUCUAACAAACUACUUUCAUUACGUGCUACAUCAUACCUUGUAUAUUUAUUUAUAUUGAUUUAAGUCAUACCAUGAAUUAAGGAAAGAUUCUAGACUAUCUUACAAAAGCAGACAAAGCCCAUAUUAAGUUCAGUGAUAGUAACUACGGAUAAGAUAGAUUAUAGUGGAAAAAUGAAAGUGUUAUUAGGAGACAAGGAAAUUCACACACCCCUUAACUGUAGUGGUCAUAAAGUAUCUUAUUUGAAGGAUGCUUUGCAGUGUGACAUUGUUUACUUAGUAACCUGGUGCUCUAAGCCACUAAAGUUGAAGCUCAGUAUUUGAACAAAAUUAUUUUUUUUUUUUAACGAGUCUGCCGUCUCCCACCGAGGCAGGGUGACCCAAAAAGAAAAUACUUUCAUCAUUCAACACUUUCACACAUAAUCACUGUUUUUGCAGAGGUGCUCAGAACACAACAGUUUAGAAACAUAUACGUAUAAAGAUACACAACAUAUCCCUCCAAACUGCUAAUAUCCCGAAACCCUUCCUUUAGAGUGCAGGCAUUGUACUUCCCAUUUCUAGGACUCGAGUCCAGCUAUAUAAAAAUAACUGGUUUCCCUGAAUCCCUUCACUAAAUAUUACCCUGCUCACACUCCAACAGAUCGUCAGGUCCCAAAUACCAUUCGUCUCCAUUCACUCCUAUCGAACACGCUCAUGCACGCCUGCUGGAAGCCCAAUCCCCUCGCCCAUAAAACCUCCCUUACCCCUUCCUUCCAACCUUUUCGAGGACGACCCCCUACCCCACCUUCCUUCCCCUACAGAUUUAUAUGCUCUCCAUGUCAUUCUACUUUGAUCCAUUCUCUCUAAAUGACCAAACCACCUCAACAACCCCUCUUUAGCCCUCUGACUAAUACUUUUAUUAACUCCACACAUUGCCCUUAGACAGGACAUCUCCAACCGCCUCCUCGCUGCUGCAUUCACACCCAUAUAUGACUACAUAUAAUAAUGGCUUUAAUAAUGACUGGAAGUGAUCAUGAUACAUUGGUGCCAUGGCCCACUAAUCUAGUCAAGACACACUGUGUUGGCUAGUGUUCUAUGUGUAGCUAAUGAUGAGAGUACAUAAUAAUGACUUCUCCUUUCCUCAACUCUUAGUCAAUAUUUAUGUGUAGGUUGUAUAAGCAAACUCUGGUAACCCAUAUCAAAUUCAUUGGUGACAAUAGGGAAAGAUCUGACGAGAGUUUUUUUAUGUACGAAUUUCAAUUUUACAUAAGAAUAAUGAGAAAUACCUCUGAUUUGUUUCCAAAUCAUAUUUCACCCAUCUCAGACCAGUGUCACGUGCAACUUGACAAUGGUCCAGGAUGAACUGAAAUGUCUUCUGAAGAUUUAGCUCCAAUUUGUAGGUUAGGUAGAUAAUGAUGUAAGCCAAGUGCUAAUUCAAAAGUCACUUGAAGCUGUAAAACCAUUAAUUAAUGCUGUUUCAUUCACAGUGGUGUUUUAUCAAGUAAAGUAUUUUCUCCCCUUGCAUCUUUAAUGCAUUCUUGAAAAUCUGAAUAUUUUUCUAUAGACAUCCAUGUUAUAAUCUGAGAUAUGCUCCCCAACCAUAAUAUCAAUUUCACUGAUAUUUUUAACAAUGACCCAUACUCAGAUUAGUCUUCUAUUCCCUUCCACUUUUGUAUCACAUCGCAUUUGUUAUCGCUACACAGGCAGCAUCAGUGAGAUUACCUUCCUCUAUCUCACCACAUUAUAUCUAACACUAUAUAUACUCUUUAUCCUAACAUUCUUAGGGUGAGUGUUUUAGAUACCUGGGCACUGUGUGUAGAAAAGUAGCUAAGUUAUUCCAUUUGCCCAGUUGUGUAGCAGGCAGGGAGGGUGGUGGUGAAAUCUGUAUUGAGUGGCAUACCCCAACUGGACACAAAAUGAACAGUCAGCCAUACACACUAUCAGUGCAUUUAGUAAAAAGCUACCAGAGAAAAAUAAUUAUAAUAAAAAAAGAAGUGUUAAACCUAUAGGGGUCAUACAGUAGAAAGAAAAAUGAUAAAUGUAAUUCAUUUAUCAUUCAUACAUGAACUUAUCUUGCAGAAAAUAAACAUGUAAACUAUCAGUGCAUUUGGUAAAACAUUAUUUUUUUAAAUUCAGCUGAACAAAAUCUUAAUUAUAUUAUCUAUAUUUUUUGACCAAUGUCUGUGAAACAAACUCUUCACACAUACACAAACUACUAAUGCAACUGAUGGAAAAAUAGUUGAGAAAAACAAUUAACUAAAAAUAAUGUUUGAAUAUUUACAGUGAGUGUAUAUACAGAUUAACAUUUGUAAUUAAUUAAUUAGUUCCUAAAUGCCCCAGUUGUAAGUGUGUAUGAUAAGUUAGGUCAUACUAUACUUGAUAAAGCUCCCAGAGAAUAAACAUGGUAAAAUAAAGGUUCUUCCUACUUAGUCUUUGUAAAUUAGUUGUAGAAUGUUCCAGCAAUGUUAUUAGGAUUUAUUCUUCAGGAAUAACAACCCUGAAUUCAUUUAUUAAUUUUUUUUUUUUUUAACAAGUCGGCCGUCUCCCACCGAGGCAGGGUGACCCAAAAAGAAAGAAAAUAUUUUCACCUCACUCACACAAUCAUUGUUUUGCAGAGGUGCUCAGAACACAACAGUUUAGAAGCAUAUAUGUACGUAUAAAGAUACACAACAUAUCCCUCCAAACUGCUAAUAUCCCGAAACCCCUUCUUUAGAGUGCAGGCAUUGUACUUCCCAUUUCCAGGACUUAAGUCCGACUAUAUAAAAAUAUCCUACGGGUUUAGCGCUUCCCCUUGAUUAUAAUAAUAAUAUAUAAAAAUAACCAGUUUCCCUGAAUCCCUUCACUAAAUAUUACCCUGCUCACACUCCAACAGAUUGUCAGGUCCCAAAUACCAUUCGUCUCCAUUCACUCCUAUCGAACACGCUCAUGCACACCUGCUGGAAGUAUUAUAAUACUGUAUUAUAAUGCUUCAAAAGCUAAUUCAUCAUUACUAAAAUAAGCUUUUCUGACCAUUGCCUUCCACAUUUAACGUUCAAUUUGAUUAUAUUAUUACUUCCUGAGCAUAAAUAUUUUUUUACUGUAUAUCACUAAACUACCCAAAUACUGAAAGCCAACAGAAGCAUGUACCAUAGUUUCACAAAUGUUUCUGUGACUACUGAAGACCUAGUAAUCAUGUUUAGGAGUGAUGGAUAUGACAUUCAUUAGACCACUAGUGCAGAAGGAUGAUAUGGCUAUAAUUACUUCUUUAUAUCCAAGUGAAUGAUAACAUAGAUCUCUAGUUACAGAUGUGUGAUUUAAGUGGAUGACAUAGGUAAGUGGUGUGACUGUGUUAAUGGUUCCAAGGAUCAGUCCUAUGCUUCCUGAUCAUGUACCAGGCCUCCUAAAUUGGAAAGGAAAUAUUACAUAACUUAAAAGUAUUAAACACACAGAGGAAAGCGAAGAUAAAUGUACAUGUAUACUGAAUGCAAGUAGCAUCUUACAUGCUCAUGAGAUAGAAAAGAUCAGCAACUCUGCUAGAGUAUAAAACUUUUAACAGUCGCAAAGACGAUGUAGGACUCGACUGGAUGUAGACUUAUAACUUGAGUGAAUGACAUAAAUCACUUGUGGGUGAUGUGGAUCUAGAUGUAUGACAAGCGACUGGAUACAAAGAAUUCAAGAAUCCCUCGCUCCUAUAGCUACAAAUUAGCAUAAUUUUAGGUACUUGACACGCACUUGCAGAUGGGAAAUAUACAGUGUGUGACUCCUAAACAAUGGAAAGUAGUUUGUCUAUUAAUGCUGGUCCUGCUUUGAUCUUCAAAGUGUGGCUUCAGCAUUAUACUCCCCUUAGUGAAGGUGCAACCAGUGAGGGGGCUCUUGAUCCAAGGGAGUAUACCUAUCAUUCCCUUGGAUCAAACCUGACUGCAUCCCAUUAUCCCUGUAAGUCAAGUGUUUUGUCUUUAACUAUAAAAAUUUAGCAUUAUAGCAUAUUUAUAUCAUAUUUUUAAAAGUUUGAAAUAAAUUUUGUAAUCUCAUCCUUACAGAACUAAAUUACAUAAUGAUUUAUCGUUAGCCAUUAAUAAAAAAAUUGUAACGUACAGUAUUCUUAGUAAUACCUAUUCUGAUUUAAAAAUGAUACUUGUCAACAGUGUAUCCAACAUAUUUCAAGUAAAGCAAAAUAGUAAUAAUAACAGGUUUAUCUUACUUCCCCUGGAAUCAUCAUUCAAAUUUGUCAUUAUUAGAUGUCCCAGUUCUAUUUUGAAUUGUGUAAUUAUGAUGUAUACUAGUCCAGUAUACAUUAAUCAGAGAUUAUCUUGCAAAACCUGCAUUCACUUCUUGAUUUUUGUAAAUAUAAUUUAUUAACAUAAGCACUAACAUGUAAACCCAGCGGGGGUUGUCAACUAAUGUGUCAAUAGUUACUUUAAUUAUUAAACAAGAUAUCACUUUUUCCUUCAUAAUUUCAAACUGAUAUUCCUAAUCAUGUGUGGUUGUAUUUUAUGCCAUACUAAUAUUACAAAUGUGUGUAACAGCAGCAUUGCACAGCCUGAGUGUGUUAACACAACUCUUCAGUUAAGUUUCAUAUUGUUAUAAUCAUGGGGAAGUGUUAAACCUGUUUUACUCAUACAGCACCUGGUGGAAUAGGAGACAAUCAGGUUUAAUCUGAUUCUUUGGAUCAAGAGCCCCUUGCUGAUAUCAAAGAAAUUUUUAAAAUUAAUUCAUGUGGUUUAUUAUACUGCCACAAAACUUUGUGUGUUAAUUUUAUACUCAUUAAAUAUAUAUUAAAUUUG